UCGCUCGCCUCGGGCAUCCGGCGGGGGAAGAGGUCGCCGGACGGGAACGGGACGGAGGAGUACUCCCCGCACCGAUGGGAGUACUCCCAAGACCCGCUCUACGGGCCGCUGCUGUCCAGGAUGGACGCGUACUUCGCGGGGCUGGGCGUGGAAGGACGGGGAUGCAAGGAGAGGGUCGCGUGCGAGGCGGCGGCGAGGCCCGAGCGGUUCCGGCCCGUCGCGGACGUGCUCGUCAAGCCGCUGAGGACCAUGGACGAGCUGGAGCGGCCCGGAUAUCACCGGGGAUACGUCUUCCGCCUCUUUCAGUAUUAUUGGGCAGCCUCUAAGGGCCGGUCGAGAGAGGACUGCGCGGCGGAGUAUCCCCAGUGUUCCACGUCUCUGGAGGAGAUCCUGGACUCCAGGGCUCUCGAGUCCUGGCAGAAUCUCGGCAGCUAUCUCGACGUCAAGCUGGUGGACCGAUGAUUCUCUUUUUUGUCUCCACGUUUCCGACUAAUGCUUUUUUCCACCCUCUCGAGCACUGCGAGGGCCCUUCUCUCGGACUCUGCUUCUGUGAUUUUUUUUGUGUUUGUGUGUUCUCUGUUUGAGCUCUGUCGUUGCUUCUUUUUUUUAUGACCCGAGCGGAUGCAGGAUGAGCCAUGGUGGUCUGUAAAAACGG